CUUGCGCAUUCUUAGGAUUCAUACUCACAACAACUUUGUUCAGACCCUGGAAACAUGGCAGAUAGCACAUGCGGUGUCUGCAACAGCGCGCCUAAGAAAUACAAGUGUCCCACUUGCGCACUUCCAUACUGCUCGAUUCCCUGCUUCAGAGAGCACAAACAGACACAUCCCGAGGGCGCUUCAGCAGCGCCCGCACCGCAACCAGUCGUUGAAGUCGAACUCCCAUCCGCGACUCCAGAAACUAUCCCUACCUACAUCCGGACAAAGAGAGACUUCUCCCGCCUCGCGACGGACACGCAUUUCCAAACUCUCCUCAAAUCAAAUCCGACCCUGCUAUCCACACUUCAGCGGGUGUAUGCUGCGACAAUCAAGCCGGAGGACGGAGACGCGCCCCAGAGGAGAGGCAUGAGGGGUCGUGGGGGGUCUAGAGGGAGAGGUGGCAGAGGACGAGGAAGAGGGAGAGGCGGAUGGGGUGGUGGUGAUGGCACGCCGAGGUGGACGCAGAAGCAGGGGGAUAACGAUGCGUUGACGAUAUUGAAAAGCUUGCGCGAGGGAAACACGACCGAGGGGACGAGCGGUAUGGGAGAGUUCGUGCGGCUGGUGGAAGAGAUGUACGGCGAUGCGAAACAGACAGAGGGCGAGGGAGACGCGAUGGACACAUUGUAACGAAUUAUGAUACCCAAGGAUGAAUAAGAUACUCAAGAUUACCGGAAAGACUGCAAUGGACGUUCAGAAGUGUCUUGAACAUUCCCAGAUUACCGCAAUGUCCAGGUUGCGCCAACCAAAGCGUUCUCGUCGAACCAGAAGGUCUCACAGGAUUAGAGUGGCCGCAUUCUUCGCCUAAAGGGCGAAUGCAUCCUAUUCCCCGUGACGAUCGUUCUAUAAAGAGAGAUAAAAGGAUGGACAAAGCUCUUCAUAAAAUUGCCGGGAAUUGGGUAACAUCAAGCAGCUGAUGCAGCUGUUGGAGACUAUUUCCAGAUCCUGAGAAGAACGUGCCAGAAGAUCCUCAAGUUACGUCAGGAUCAGGUGUCCGUAAGAUGUCGCUGCUGACAUACCUCUACGCUUGCCCAGUCACAUUG